AUGAGCUUCUGCUCCCGCCGAGGUUGGUGCCGCUAUCAACAUAGGACCAAACGGAGUCCGAAUCCUCGACACCUUAACGCGGGGUCACAAGCAGUCGGCGCCACCAAGAUCUUUACGAGAGAUGGGAAACUUACGCUAGAUGAGAGGCACAACUACGCUGAGAAAUAUGGAGCCGACUGGCUCUUUCAGCAUCGAGCGGAUUUAAGGAACGAGUUUUUGCGGCUUGCGACAGAGGAGACUGCCACCUCGGGCAUUCCUGGGAAGCCAGCCCAGAUCUUCUGGGAUCAAAAGGUCGUUGACAUCUCGCCAGAACAAGGUUGGAUCGCUCUUGACACUGGUGAAAAGAUCCAGGCCGAUCUAGUCAUUGCUGCCGAUGGCAUCAAGUCCGUAAUACGCCCCCAUGUAGUCGGCGACGCCGCAUUUCAGACUGCGAGACCAUCAGGCCUAUCCGCGUUCCGGUUCACCUUGGAGGUGGACGAGAUCAAACAGUCACUGAACGAAAUCCCCCAAAUUCUUCAGCCUGACCAGCCAACGUGCUUGUCCAUGGUCUAUUCCUUUGACGACAGCAUGCGCUCAGUUGUCAUGUAUCCUUGCCGCAACUUCCAAAUCCUGAAUUUUGUGUGCAUUGUCCCAGACAGCAGCUUAAAGGAGGAGACCACAGAGUCAUGGACUGCUUCUGGGGAUAGAGAAGAGUUGCUGUCACUGUUUAGUGACUUCCCGGUGUGGGUACAGGACUAUCUAAGAAUCGCAAAGAGCAUCAAACUCUGGCAACUCAGAGACCAAGAUCCGCUGCCAACCUAUAUCCGCGGGCGAACAGUCCUGAUAGGCGACGCGGCUCAUGCCAUGACGCCUCACCAAGGGCAAGGAGGAACACAGGCUGUCGAAGAUGCCGAGGCUUUCAGAUUGUUCUUGCAACCAGGCGUCUCCAGUGCAGACGUGCCGCAAUUGUUGCAAAAGCUCGACUCAGUGCGAAGGCCGCGUGCAAGCCUGAUCCAGAACAAUACUAGAAAGGCUAAGAACAAGAGAACUGCUGAAGAGGUGUAUAUGUUUGAGAAGAUUAACUGGACAUACCCGGGUAUCUUUGAGGGGUUGAAACCUGCCAAAGUAGCUUGA